AUGUCCUCAGGUGUCUACAAUCAUCCCAACAGCCCAAUUGAUGGCGACGAGCACCCAGAAUCAAACGGAGAUGCACAAAUUAAUGAGGAACGCACGAUUCGCAUUCUGUAUGCGACUGAAACCGGUACGGCUCAGGAUACCGCUGACAAAAUUGCGAGAGCGUGUCGGCGAAUUCACUUCCAAUGCCAGGUAACAAAUAUGAACGCAUAUCCUCCUUCAGAGCUAAUUUCGGAGCACCUCGUCAUAUUCGUAGUUGCGACGACGGGUUCUGGAAUAGAGCCGCGAUCGAUGACACCUACGUGGAAUAUGCUUCUGCGUUAUGAUUUACCGGAAGAUUUAUUUGAAGAUAUCGAUUUCUGCGUAUUUGGCCUUGGGGACACAGCAUAUGAAAGAUUCUGUUGGCCUGCGAAGAAGCUCUCCCGAAGAAUGUUGAGCCUCGGAGCAAACGAAAUAUGUAGUCGAGGAGAAGGAGACGAGCAGCAUCAUUUUGGUGUAGAUGGAGCGUUAGAUCCUUGGAUUGACCUGCUGCUCGAUACCCUGUUGGAUUUGUAUCCUUUAUCUCCCAGCACUCAUACUCGUGAAGCGGAUCAACUAUAUCUACCACGAGUUUCCAUAUGCGAUGACCCUUCAGGGAAGAAAUACGACUCAAUAAAAUCUCUGGAGUCAAAUCCAGGGUACCACAACGCGACUGUCAAAUGCAAUCAGCGGAUAACAGCGGAUGACUGGUUUCAGGAUGUAAGGCAUUUAGAGUUUUCCUUCGAACGUGAUAUACAGUAUAAACCUGGAGAUGUCGCAGUGAUUCAUCCUCAAGCAUCUUCAGCUGAUGUAGAUGCCUUCCUCUUGUCGGUGGGGUGGUCAAAUAUCGCUGAUGAGGCACUGCUGAUACAGCAUACAAUGCUGGAUCAAACUUUUCCUCGUUCUGUACCAAAUAGAACAACAUUGAGGAUUUUAUUCACUAAUUAUCUAGACUUCAAUGCAGUACCUCGCCGGUCUUUUUUUCAGUUGCUGCGACAUUUUGCGACCGGCGAGUUAGAGAAAGAGAAACUCGAUGAUUUUGUUUCCACAGAGGGUGCAGAUGAUUUAUACGACUAUUGUUAUCGUGUCAAGCGUACUAUCUACGAAGUCCUAUCCGAGUUUCGGUCUGUAGUGAUCCCCAGAGAUUACAUAUUCGAUCUUUUCCCUCCCAUGCGUCCGCGGCAGUUCUCUAUUGCGAGCUCCAUCCAGCAACAUCCUCGAGAGAUACAUCUUUGUGCAGCUAUUGUUCGAUAUAGAACCAAGCUCAAAAUCCCACGUAAAGGAGUAUGUUCGACUUUUCUUGCUGCACUCCGCCCAGGUGAUACUCUCUGCAUUGGCAUUGAAAAAGGGUUCAUUAGCCUUCCUCAAGAUGUAUCUACACCAAUGAUUUGCGUCGGGCCUGGAACGGGCGUUGCUCCGAUGCGCGCCGUGAUUGAAGAGCGGAUUCACACUGGCUCGACAGAGACCGUCUUAUAUUUUGGCUGUCGAUCUGCUACAAAGGACCAGCAUUAUUUGAAAGAGUGGAAGGCAUACGCAGAAAGCGGACAACUCACUUAUCGUGUCGCAUGCUCUCGUGAUGGUCCUGAGGGUGUAAAACGAACUUACGUGCAGGAUCUCAUCUUUGAGGAUGGCAAGCGCAUAUGGGAACUUGUGGGCGAAAAGCGGGGAUGGAUCGUAAUUUCUGGAUCGUCGAAUAAGAUGCCUGCAGCUGUCCGGGCAGCAUUGAAGGAGAUCAUAAAAACACACGGGGGAAAAACAGAGGAGGCGACGGUCGAGAUUUUGGCUGGGAUGGAGCGGGAAGGGAGAUUGAUUGAGGAGUGCUGGAGCUGA